AUGAGCUUUGGCGCGCCGGGCGUCUUCGAAUCUGGCAUACACCCGCCUCCUUCUUUCUGGUCCACCUCGGCAGCGAAUCAGGCUGCACCCACAACAGCGGCGGUUGCCGAUGACUUCCACACGCAUUCCGGUGGACACCGUCCUCAAGGUCACAGGGAAUACGACAGUAGGUUUGAUGGAGCAGCAACCGCAGACACGGUUUGCAGCAUGCUUCGGGCUCUGGAGACCGCCAGCGACCGUCGCAAGAAGCCACCAGGGAUGGUUGCAGCAGGCGCUGGCCAAGGUACUGGUGGUGGCCGUGCUGUCGGUGGAAACGUUCGGGGUACUGUAAAGCGCCUCCGCCCCCGGCGGAACUUGGCGGGCGGCUCGCGUCGAGAGCGGCAGGCGCGUAGCUCUUCAAGCCUGGCGGGGACCGGCGAUUCUGCCGCGGGCGGUGGAGGUGGCGGCGACAGCCCGACAGUUAGAGAGUGCUGGGGAGAUGACGAGCCCGUCUCGUUGCUGCACGAGUCACCGUCACGGGUGGGAUCGCGAUCUUCGUCCAGAGCGUCGACCGUACGAGGCACUAGCGACCGGGCGCGAUCACCAUCGCCUGCUUCUUCGCCGAACCGUACGUUGAGAUGGGCACCAUGCGAACGCGGAACCGACGAUCGGGAGGGGCGAGACCGGGUGACGCACUCUCCAUCAAGGAGGGGGGGAGGGCAGCUUGGUGAGCGGUUUCUUGACGACCAGUCGCGGCCACGGUCACCCGGUACACCUCGGCGGGACCCCGCACUUGAUGAAGAGGGAAAAGGGGGUACUACUCGAGAAGGGGUAGCUUUCUUGCAGAUUCAGAAAGAUUUGCUCAAGCGGCUCGAGGAUUUGUUUGUCGCAAUCGCCGAUGACAGGCGGCACGAGCUGGUAGCCCUGAAGCGGGAGGAAGACUCGUGGAAAACGUCUGCGAUGCAGAGGGCAAGGAGGGACUUGAGAACAGCAUCAUCUACGUACGAAGAGUACCCAGUCUUCGCUGCUGGAAGAAAUCCAGCCGCGUCGACAACACUAUUUUCCGGCAGCACAAGCUUGGAGGAGCGCACGAGAGAUAGGAUUGCAGAAGAAGGGCCCGGGGAGGAAGCGAUGAGGGCGGUUGGACUUGUCAGAGACGGCGAAGACUCUAGAGACGAAGAGGAUUCUCAAUCGCCGGGGCGAGCGGGGGAGAGGGGACGCCGUGGCGGAGGUGGUGGGUGGAGGCUACCUAUGCGGGUUGUGGAGGAGAUGCGCAGGGAGUUCGACCGGAAGAUGGACCAAGAGAGCGCCGAGGUUUUGGAGCAGGAAAAUAAGGCGUUGCUGGAAGCACGGGCCAGGCUUGCGGAGCGGGAAGGUGCCAGGACGAAACGGGAGCUGCAAGACCUGAGUGAGCGACUCACCAACGACGGCCGCGACGCUCUGGCGUCCCUUCGGCGGGAGCUAGAAGUGGAGGAAGAGAAACGCCUGGCGGAAGAGAGAGGAAACCUCAAGGAGGCCUUGGCACACGACUUGCCGUCGAGCACCCCAAGCGAACCACCAUCAAACACCCUCUAUAAAUCCCUGAACUCUAACCGUGGUGAGCGUCACAACAUUCGGCAUUUUUUUUGUUGUUGUACAUCGAGGCGAGAAUCGUCGCACGUGGCGGCGAACCUGUGGAAACAGGCGGAACGUUCCACAUCCGCCAGGAGGGAAGAGGCGCUCCGCCUCCUGGGUGAGGCCGCUGACAGGGCUAGGGUCAAACUUGAUGAGCUACUGGUGGAGCAAGAAGAACAAGGGUUGCGAGCGAUCAGGGACAGGAGUUCAGCGGAGAGGAAGGCGGCGUUGAAACGAAUCAGAGAGGAGGGGGAGCGUCGCUGCCUGAAGGAGCUCAAGGCUCUUGCCGACGGCGCAAGCCAGAAGAACGAGGCCUGGCUGCGAAUGGUCCUCGGCGGCCUGGGAAAAAAAAAACAGCGUGGUGGUGAGACUAUCAUGGAAGGAACAACGACAGCGGCAUCAGAAAACGGAAUGAGAGGAGGAGGAGGAGGAGGAGGAGGAGGAGGGAUCGACGAGGAUGGGGGGUCCGUAUCUCCGGCCCUCCGCCUCAGGGCGGUUGAAGCUUCCAACAACUGCGAGAGGCUAGGCAGGCGACUCGUCGAAUUGGUCAUUAAAGAAGCGUCAAUGAGGCUAAGAGAGAGCGACUUCGAUGUCACCCCACGAGAGCACAAAGCACGAGAAUCUGGUACCACGGCCUCCGCCACCGCCAGCAUCGGCAACAUCAACAUGAAGAAGAGGGAUGUAGACAAGACCACCACCGAGCCCCAGGAUCUAGCACAUCGCGGCCGAAACCAACACCGCACUGGCAACAGCUGCAGCGGCGACGCCCCGGGCGAAAAACGUUGUCAAGGUUGCGACAGACUGGCUCACGCUAACGUUGAGCUUACACGUCUUUUGUUGCAAACAUCCACCAUGAGAGCACGGGAGGAGGGGCGUUGUUCUGAUACCCCGAUCACGGCAAACACCCCGCCAUCACCACCAACAGCAGCAGCUCAUGCCCAGCGGCAGGGAACGGCGAGAACAGCGAGGGCAGCAGCGACUAGAAACAAGCACCGAGCUGCUACGACUGCCGGGGGAGUGGUCAACAGAAAGAAGCGAGCGCCUUCUGCGGCAAGAAGCACCAAAGUAGUGGUAGUCGUGUCACCGACACGUCGGCCAAAAUCCUCCAGUCGACGCACCAACACGACGUAGUAGCCAGCCCUGUACCCUUGUCGUGCACCUCUGCGCCACAGC